UCGCCACAGCAACGGCGGGCCGCGGCGCCCCAGCAUGUCGCUGCCCGAGCCCCUGAGGAGGCAGCUGGGCUCCUUCAGCCGCACCGUCUUCACCGACAGCCACCACAACGGCCCGCAGUACCCGGGCGACCGCGCAGAUAAUGAAAUAGUUUCCAGUUUACCACUGCAGAUGUCCCUCUAUUUCAAUGUUUAUUUUUUCCCAUUUUGGUGGCUCAGCACAGUUGUCAUGCUCCAUCUGAAGUAUCCGGUCUUGUCCGAUUACUACAAGUUCAUCCUGGUCACAAUCAUGAUCCUAGCCUCUCUAAUAGAGGUCAUUCGACUCUACCUGGGAUACAUGGGCAAUCUGCAGGAGAAGGUCCCUGAGCUGGCUGGGUUUUGGCUUCUGAGUCUCCUCCUGCAGUUGCCUAUAAUUCUCUUCUUGCUAUUCAAUGAAGGUCUGAAAAUUCAGCCACUGGAGCGAGCAGUCCAUAUUGUCUUUGCCCUCUUCCUCACCUUCCAAGUCAUUGCAGCCUUUGUCACCUUGAAAAGAAUGGUGAACAAACUGGCAACUCGCUUCCGCCUUAAUGAAUUUGACCGGCUGGAGGAACAUCCUGUGCCUGAUUUUUACAGCCUGGGUAAAGAAGAGAGAGUAGUUUCCAUGGCUGGUAGGGGCCCCAGUGCUGGCUGGAGAUCACACACUGAGGGCCUGAGAAGCUAACAGAGGCAGGCCUCACAUUGCUACAACUCUGUUUCCAUUUUGUUGGGUCAUUCUUUACCUUCCUACAUCAGCAAUAUUGAAGAAUAGGUCUUGCUUAAGAGCCAACAUUAGACCUCAGAGAUUGGAGCUCCCCUCUCCAAGAAAAAUCAAAGCCAUUUACAUAACUGGCUUGAGUGGACUAAUUGUGGAGUGUUACUGCGUAGAGUACCAACAGAGUAGGUUUGGUGGUUUUUACA